UUGUCGUCACCGUCACAAGUCGCCACAGAGUGUUCAGCAAAGAUGUUCAGCAAGUUGAUCGUUGUGAGCGCAGCUGCGUUGCUGGCCGCGUGCAGUAUGGUGGGCGGUGCGCCACAGAAGCGUGUAACGCCGCUGCUCGGCGGCGGCGGCGGAGCGGAGUCGCAGGCUGUGAUCCUCUCGCAGGACCACAACCACGAUCCGAGCGGGGCCUACAACUACCGGUACGAGACGAGCAACGGCAUCUCCGCGCAGCAGACGAGCUACGAUGGGGCAAACGCGGCCGGCGAGUACUCGUACACCGGGCCCGACGGUGUCCUGUACCGGGUGGCCUACAAUGCCGACACCUUCGGCUUCCAGCCGCAGGGCGCCCACCUCCCGGUCGAGCCGCCGGUACCGGACCACGUGCUCAAGUCGCUCGAACAGAUCCGCGCCAGUCCGCCGCGCGAUCCGGAGUUCAACUUGGCGGCGCUCGAUGCGCAGAUCGCCCGACUAAGGGCCACCCUCGGCUAG